AAGAAGAAAGGGGGGAGGUGAAUAGUUGAUUCGCAAGCAGAGAAUGGGGAAGGAAAGAAACUCAGAAAUUGAAGAUAUUCACAACGCAGCCAGAUCCGGUGACCUUCUAAAACUUCAAUCCAUUUGCAGUUCCAAUCCUUUAGCAGUCAAUUCCAGAGAUAAGCACUCCAGAACCCCACUACAUUUAGCCGCAUGGGCUGGGCAGACACAGGUGGUAACCUAUCUCUGCAAGCACAAGGCUGAUGUUGGUGCUGCAGCGAUGGACGACAUGGGUGCAAUUCACUUUGCUGCCCAGAAAGGACAUCUAGAAGUCGUCCGCACUCUGCUUUCAUCUGGGGCCUCAGUCAAAGCUAUCACCCGCAAGGGCAUGACCCCACUUCACUAUGCAGCUCAAGGAUCCCAUCUCGAUCUUGCCAAGUACUUGGUAAGGAAAGGCGGUAGUCUCAGUGCCAAGUCAAAAGCAGGAAAAACCCCUCUUGAUCUUGCAGGCAGUGAAGAAUUCCGCACUGUUUUGGUAGAAUGUGAGAGGUUAUCUAGGAAAGGAGAUAAGAAUGUUAAAGACAAAGUUGAAGAAUCGGAAGAGCCAAAGCCAUCAAUCUUGGAAAAAGCAGAGAAUUCUGAUGGCAAAGUUGCUGCAGAUGGGGAUGGUGAAGAACACGAGAACACAGACGUCAAGAGGAAAGCUGAUGAAGAUAGUGAAGAACACGAGGACACAGACGUCAAGAGGAAAGCUGAUGAAGAUGGUGAAGUACAAGAGGACACGGAUGUCAAGAGGAAAGCUGAUGAAGAUGGUACCAAGGAAGAAGCCUCGAAGGUACCGAAAAAGGCCAGAGUUGCUCUUAAUCAUCUUCUAAGCGCUGAUUACACUCAAGAGGAUGAAGAAAACAUGUAAUAGGAGUUUACAGGGCAGGGAAAUUUUCAUACGGUAGCUCAUAAAUCUUGUAACCUUUGUGCCCUUUCCUUCUGAUUUUAACACAUUUUUGGCUUGACUGCACCAAAAAAUAUACAAACUCCCCUUGGAAUAGCUAUAUACCUAGUAGAUUGAGUAUUGAGGCAUGGUAGAAUGUAUGGAAAUGUUUCUAUUAUAGUUGUCUUUGGAAAAAUUUUAUGUGA